AUGUUCAUUGGCCAGGGUUUGCAAGAGAUGUUUAUUGCCCAGGGUUUGCAAGAGAUGUUUAUUGCCCAGGGUUUGCAAGAGAUGUUUAUUGCCCAGGGUUUGCAAGAGAUGUUCAUUGGCCAUGGUGUGCAAGAAAUGUUUAUUGCCCAGGGUUUGCAAGAGAUGUUUAUUGGCCAGGGUUUGCAAGAGAUGUUCAUUGGCCAUGGUGUGCAAGAAAUGUUUAUUGCCCAGGGUUUGCAAGAGAUGUUUAUUGGCCAGGGUUUGCAAGAGAUGUUCAUUGGCCAGGGUGUGCAGGAAGUGUUCAUUCGCCGGGGUGUGCAAGAGAUGUUCAUUGGUCAGGGUGUGCAAGAGAUGUUCAUUGGCCAGGGUGUGCAAGAAAUGUUCAUUGGUCAGGGUGUGCAAGAGAUGUUCAUUGGCCAGGGUGUGCAAGAAAUGUUCAUUCGCCGGGGUUUGCAAGAGAUGUUUAAUGCCAAUGUAAAUUCCUAG